AUGCUUAACUGGCUGAAAUCAGGGAAACUGUCAAGUGGGACGUCUUAUGAUAAAGUUGUUAGUCACAAAGGAGGAGAGGGACCAAGAGAGAGUGAGGAUUUGGAGGCAACAGAGACGGAGAGAAUAGAGAAAGAAAAUGAGCGGGAGUCAGAAGAUGCGCCGGAGGAAACCGAAGAGGAGGGAAGGAGAUGGCAAAAAAGAGGUGAUGAGGAUGCUCCAAAGCUUCCCUCUGUGUCAGUGAGUCCUUCUGCUGAGAUAGUGGAGGGCAGUUCAGUGACUCUGACCUGUAGCAGUGAUGCUAACCCAGCAGCUACUUAUACCUGGUUCAAGGAGAAUGUAAAGCUCAGACCUCCCAUUGAAGAACAACAGCUGGUCCUCACGUCCAUUCAGUCCUCUCACUCUGGACAAUAUACAUGUAGAGCUAGGAACAGCCUGGGCUCUAACACAUCCAAACCCAUUUCGAUUAAAGUGAAAUAUGCUCCAAAUCUUCCCUCUACGUCAGUGAGUCCCUCUGGAGAAAUCAAGGAGGGCAGUUCAGUGACUCUGACCUGUCAAAGCAAUGCUUAUCCAGCAGCUAAAUACACCUGGUACAAGAAGAAUGGAAAUCCAGAACUUCAACCUCUCAGUGAAAAUACAUCGCUUGUCUUCAGCUCCAUCCAGUCCUCUGACUCUGGAGAGUAUUACUGUACAGCUGAGAAUGAGCUGGGGAGGAGGACAUCUAGAUCCAUCUCUAUUGAUGUGAAAUAUGGUCCAAAGCUUCCCUCUGUGUCAGUGAGUCCCUCUGCUGAGAUAGUGGAGGGCAGUUCAGUGAAUCUGACCUGUAGCAGUGAUGCUAACCCAGCAGCUAACUACACCUGGUACAAGGAGAAUGAAGACUCACCAAAAGCAUCAGGACAGAUCUUCACCAUCACUGACUUCAGAGCUGAACACAGUGGGAAUUAUUACUGUGAAGCCCAGAACAGAAGAGGACGUCAGAACUCCACCUUACAUCUGACUGUUGUGGCAGGUUCUAUGAAAUCAGUAGCUGCUGGAUCCAUCACUGCUAUUUUCCUGGCUAUCAUAUUCCUCUGUGCCUUCCUAUUUAUUAGAAGAAAGAGGUCCUCAAAACGAACCACCGAGCCUGGAGAGAGACCAGACAACCAAGCUCAGGGUUCAGUGUAUGACAGCCCUUCAGCUCCAGUCCAGAGAACUCCAGCAGAGCAGCAGGACGACCAUUGCUAUGCCAGCGUGAGCUUCUCUAAAAACCAGGAAGAUGUUCUCUACUCCAACAUCAGGCUAGUUCAGCCCCACAGACACAAGGAGGAAGAGGAGGACGAAGAUGUGGAGUACACUACUGUCAUCUUUAAGAGUGCCAGUGCUAUCAAAGAAUCAGGAAAUCAAAAGGCUGUGGAGGAUUUAUCUGAACUGUACAGCACAGUCAGCAAACACCCAAGAUAUGAGGACAUCUCAGAGACUGCAGCACAGACAGAAGACCCAGAGGAGCAGGAAGACCUGGUGUGA